GCACCGCCAAUUUUUAACGUUUUCACAUAUUUUUUGAUUUUUCACUCUCAUAGUUUCGACUUCCCGCCGCUUUGAAAUCCUCCAAUUUAUUAUAGUAGCUUCAAGAUUUACUAUUCCAUUGUUAUCUUCGAAUCUUCGCUCUGCUUAAUUCAACCCCUUCAAACUUCAAAAUCCAGUUUCGCACCUUUCUUUGUGAUCUCUCAGAAUGGAGGGCAGAUUUCAUGGGUUGCCUCCUCUGAAAAGGUUCAGGCUGAUGCAACAAGAACUAGAAGAAAAUAAUAUUGAUAAUUUCCAGGAAUCGAAAGACAAUCCGAUGACCCCUUUAUGCCUUCCGGCCAAAAAGCGUAAGGAAUCCCGAGAUUCACCACCUUUUCUUCCCAGUCCCACGGCCAUUAAUGGUUACCGCUUGCCGGCCAAGAAAAGGGUUUAUGCCAUUCAACCGUUCGAUCUCAACGUCGAAUACACUCCAUCAUUUGAUGCUGGAAAACAAGAAAACCAGCAAAAAGACUUGCAGGAAGCAAAGGAAAUAUGUAUUCCAGGAGGACCUGAAGGUGAAGUAAAAAAAAUCGAGGUUGAAAGUAAAGACGAAGAAGAAGACGUUAAGGAAAAUGACGAUGAUGGGAUUGUGUGCGCUAUAUGUGAUAGCACAGAUGGGGAUCCAACAGAUCCCAUUGUGCUUUGCGAUGGUUGUGAUUUAAUGAUUCACACCACAUGUUAUGGCCAUCCAUUCACAAAGGGUGUCCCAGAAGGUGAUUGGUUUUGCGCCCAAUGCUUGAAGAAUCAGAAAGACGCUACCUCAAAGGCAUUUUCUUGCUGCCUCUGCCCUGUAACCGGUGGUGCAUUGAAGCCCACAAAAGAUGGCAAGUGGGCUCAUGUUGUGUGUGCACUGUUUGUGCCAGAAGUGUUCUUCAGUGACCCUGAAGGCAGAGAAGGAAUUGAUUGCACCAAGGUGCCAAAGUGGCGGUGGGAGAAAAAAUGCUACAUUUGCAGGGCUAAAAAUGGGUGCGUGAUUGAUUGUUCUGAACCUAAGUGCCCUUUGGCUUUCCAUGUUACUUGUGGAUUGAAAGAAGAGUUGUGCAUUGAGUAUAAAGAAGGAAGAAAUAGUGGGGCUAUUGUUGCUGGCUUCUGCAGAACCCACACUGAUUUGUGGAAGAAGCAAGAACAAACGGGGAAGUUCAAGAUUGUGGCUAGAGAGGAGCACAAGAAAUAGGAAGAAGUUAUUUUAUUUAUUUUAUUGGUCAGGAAAUGGUGAUUUUUAGUGUUUUGAUCUUGUAGUAUGUGGGAAAUAGGUUCUCUUUGUGAUAAAGUAGGGGUUUGAUUUCUAGUUUAAAAUAAGUGAUUUUGGAUUGGAUUAAGGAGAUUGUCAACUUUGUUACAAUUUUACUUUAGCUAAUUUUGAAUGGCAUUCAAUUUUACUUUUC